AUGAAUCGAUUUCUAGGGAUCGAUCAUCUUCCCAAGCGGGCCGACUGGAGAUUCUGGCUUGCAAUUAUGGAUCUUCCUCCGAUUAUGUUGGCAUCAGCGCAAGAAUAUUUCAAGGAGAUUGGUGGGGUAAUUCUGGAACACAGGUUGAAGUUUGAGAACGAGAAAAUGGCGGGCAGGAAACCUGCGGACAAUAGUGAAGUGCAUUGGUGGUGA